CUAACACUGAUUGCCAUUCCCUAAAUUACAAUGCCUUUACCAACUUUAGCAUUAAGAGCAAUUCACCGGGCAUCUCAAGCGAAACCUGCCUCUAAGCGUUUUUUCGAGGCAGAUGGCUUGUCUUUGGAGCAUUUCUUAGCUAGACGCAGAGCCAUAGCACUCUACAGGGAAAUAAUACGCUCUCUCAAAGGGCUGAAUAAAACGGACGCUCAUGAAAUACGACAAUGGGCUCGGUCCGAUUUCGAGCGCUACAGGGGCGAGAAAGAUCUGGAAAAAAUCAAGUCGCUUAUAACAUCCGGAAAGCAUCAAAUGCACAGCGUACAACAAUCUUUAAUGCUUGCUCAAGCGAAAUGAGCCUAGUCAUCUUGUAAUUUACUUCAUUGUACGAUAUUGUAUUUGUUUUUCAAUCAAGCCAGUAGAAAAAGCUAAACUUCCUUUCUCAAUCAACUCAAUUCAAUCAUCAUAUCAUACAUACUCUAACGAUAAACCCACUAGAAUUUGCAAAUCGGUAGCGGUCAGACAAUUUUUAUGGGAUUCGUUUCUGGAAAGCCCAAA